AUGCUGCACCUCGCCCGACGCUUCGCAACAAUGGCCAGCAGCUCCCUCACGCCCAUGGAGGACGCAAUCCGGUCUAAACUCACGGCCGCCCUCGCACCUACCACUCUCGAGAUAUGGAACGACUCGCACAAACACUCGCACCAUAAGGCUAUGGAGGGUGUUACGAGUAAAGAGACACACUUCCGGCUAGUCAUCACCUCUGCAGCCUUCGCCUCAAAGCCACAACUUGCCCGCCAUAGAGCUGUCAAUGCGCUCCUUAAAGAGGAGCUCGAGCGCGAAGGUGGCAUCCACGCACUGCAGCUGCGGACCCUCACCCCGGAGGAGGAGGAGCGGUUAAUGAAGCGGGCAAAGGAGCUGGAAAGUCAGGGCGAGGAAAGCAAAUAA